AGCUGUUGUGUUUACUCAGGAGCAGCUGACAGCCGCCAUAGGUGCUGAUAUUGCUUCUUAUUUCCGAGGUUUUCCAGCCACACUCGGCUUUAUCCAGCCAUCAUGUUCAAGAAACCUAACCCUAAAGAACAAAUGAGGGCUAAUGAACGACUACUACGUAAAACUGGUCGAGAUGUGGAACGAGAUCGACGGGAACUGGAGAGAGAGGAGAAGAAACUGGAAAAUGACAUAAAGAGAUUAGCCAAAUCACCAGGCAAUAAGGAGGCUAUUGCACUGUUGGCCAAACAACUAGUUAACAUUAGAAAACAAAAGACAAGAACCUAUGCAGCAAACAGUAGGAUAUCAUCGGUAGCAGCCCAACAAAAAUCCCUGCAGGCUAAUGUCAAACUUGCCGGAGCCAUGGGAACUGCCACAAAAACUAUGGUGAGCAUGAACCAGAUUAUGAAACCUGAGGAAGUGGCCAAGAAUAUGAGGGAUUUUGAACAGGCCUCUGCCAAGCUGAACAUGGGUGAAGAAAUCAUGAACGAUACCCUUGAUGACAUCUUAAAUGAGAGUGGAGACGAGGAGGAGAGUGAUGCCAUUGUCAACCAGGUGCUGGAUGAAAUUGGCAUUGAAAUUGGUGCAAAGGUGGCAGGAGCACCAGCAGCCGUGUCGGGUACACUGGGAGCGACGAGCCGAGGUCACGUCAUGACAGAUCAAGAGCUUGAAGACUCUCUGGCGAAGCUCAGGGCAACAUAGAUAAUGCAUUCUCCUAAAAUAACUAGUGUCUAAGUCACAUUUUGUUAUAUAUGAUGAAAUGAUAUUUAAUAGUCACUUUUGUAUAUUUGGCAGGCAUCUGUUUAAGGUGCUAAAAUGUAAGUAGCUAGCUGUACUCUGUAUGUUUCAAAGGAAAAGAUAUUGGUACUUGGUGAGUAAGACACACGUGCAAUAUCUAGAUACCUAAGUAGAGAGAAGCAGUAUAAAAUGUGUACAUGAUGAAAAAAGACACAAAUGCAGUGUAAUGAGAUUCUUUACUGAUUGCAUUUUGUUCACACACUGGGCUUUAUCAAGUCACAGAUUUGAUAGAUCCCACUGUAUGGACUAAAUUUCAUCAAUAAAUGAUUGCAUUACACUGCAUUUGUCUUUUUCCAUAGAUUCCUAAGUGAUGUACAUGUCUUAAUCAUCAACUUGUGGGUAUUGUACACCAUUGAUAAUAUAAUGGUACUUAAAAUCUGAGCAAGGGGCUAGUAACCCCUUCUGUAAAAAUGACUAAAUUUAGGUCACUCUGCCUUGGUGGGAUAUGACCGGUGUGUUAAAGAAAAAGUUAAAAUCUGGUGAGUAAGAGAUGUGCAACAGAUAGGUAUGUAUCUCUCUUCAGAAACCUUUGGUUUACACAAUAGGCUUCUUCAGUUGAAUGCAGAGGUGACUAAAUGUGGAGACAACAGAAGCAGUGGGGAGGUAAAGAUGAUGUGAUCUGUCCAUCAAACUUGAAGUAGUGUUUGAGGCAGUCUUCUCUAAGCUUAGGGACUCACCAUCUUCAAGGUUAAUGCACUGAUCCUAUCAUCUUUACCUCUCUACUUCUCCUGCUGCUUUCAUAUUUAGUCACCUCUGUAUUUGACUGAAGAAGUCUAAUGUGUAGGUGAGACAUUUUGGAAUAGAUACUUAACUGUUGCAAAUGUGUCUUGUUCAUCAACUUAUCAGUAUUAUAUACCAUUAUUAUGAUAAUACUUAAAGAAAGGUUGUACUACUCCUGUAUUGUCAAGGUAAAUUUCAAUUUUUUAUUGAGGGAGGUACAGAAAAUUUUUGUUUUUCUUACUUCAUUGUUAAAGAAAUAUAGAUGAAUAUACAUUAUUCAUGUUCAAGUUAAGUCAAAAUGUAAUUUUAUCAGGCUGGUCGUAUUUUGUUUAUAAAGCCUAAACUUGCCUUUAACAGUACUGUAGAAAAGCUGUUGUCACUACUGAUAUAUAUAUAUAUUUUUUUUUGUAACUGCGCGAUAUUCCAGAAACAUUAACAUGGAAGAUCUUCAAAACAGUUUCCGGAAAUAAUUCGUUGGAAAUGAAUAAUAAGAUUUUCUGUGUUAUUAGUCUUAAUUCUUUUAAGGCAGCAAUAUAUUUUGUGUCAAUGUACAGUUACCUUUUACAAAAUUUUCUUGAAAAUCCAGUGUUGAUUAGAGAACACAUUAUGCAGUGUGAGAAGCAUGUGUGCAUUUAGGCUGGAUCCUCCAGCAUACAGACGGGAGCAUACAGCAUCAUCACUCGGCUGUGGCACUGGAUUUACCGUAUGAGAAAAAAUUUGCAGAACAAAAACACAUGCGAGCCUUCUUGUGUUUACACAUACCUUCUGAAGAUGUGUAAGUGAACAAAGGUUCUUGGGUGUUUGUACAGUAUGCAGAGACCAGUGCUGGCUUUUCGGCUUGUAGACUAAAGAUUUUUAAAGCGACUUAUUUUUGUCAUUAACAUGUUAAUUAUACUAUGAGAUGGGCUAAAUUUACUGUUCUCUAUAUUAAUAAUAUGCCCUGGUGUAACUUGGGCAUAUAGUAUUCAGGAUGUGUGUACAAGGACCCCAAUGAAAUUAAGUGACUUUGUCUGACUUUCUUGGGUUAUCCUAGGUAAUUUACACACAUGUAUGAUAACUGUACUUAUAUGUACAGUACCUAAAUAAACUUAACGUGUCUCCUAGAUUGUGCUUAGAAUUAAUUAUCUUAGUUUAUGUCUAUCUAUUAUGCCCCUUUUCUCCCUGUAUUCACUUUCUCUUCUCUUCCCUUAAUUUAACCUUCCCUCUGUAUUUACCCUGCAUCUCACUUUUCUUCCCCUCUCUGGGAAGUCCCGACGAUUCGUGUUUGCUCUUCCCUUCUUACACAUGUGAAAGCUCACUUGCCUGCUAUAAUGUCAUGCUUUCUCUUUCUUAAUCACUUCCAUUCUCAUCCUCAUGAUGUUGUAGUGUACACUGAUGGUUCUAAGUCCCCUGAUGUUGAAUAUGCUAGAGUUUUUCCCUAACAAAAUCAUCUGAGGUCAUUUACAAGACUUCGCCAGCAUUUUCACAGCAGAAUUGUAGCGGACGAUCAUAAUUUGCGUAGGUUACACGAAUUAUGAUCAUUAUUAGCUCUACUAAUGAUUUCCAUGCCUUAAGGACUGAAAAACAUUUGGGACAAAUAGGGUUGCAUUCUUCAGAUGGAGAGAGCUGUAACGAAUUUUUUAAAUGCCAUAAAAAUAAUAGCUUUUCUUACCUAACAUUGUCAAUGAUAAUGCUUUGUGAAAUACCUGAAUUCUAGUGAGGUUUGGACAGUUAAAAGAAGGUACAUACAUUAGCUACAAAUGGUUACAUUAAUACUGUACAUUAUUUGUUGCCUACCCUCAAGUUGAGUUCAGGAUGAUUAAUAUGUUGAAAUGAGUAGAGAGGGUGGCUGUGGACAUAUUCCUAAUUUUUAUUUUUUGCUGAGGAUAACUCAUUGCACCAGCUCUUAUCAAUGCCUUGUUGUCUCAGAUUGACCAAAUCAUUAAUUCUGUAAUACUAAACACUCAUGCAGUGUCCCUGUUGCAUGCAUCACCAUGCAGCAUCUCGGUUAUCUAUGUUUUUAACAAGAGGCAUAGUUUCAUUUUUAAUCUUCUUCCUUGCUCUACCAGUAUCACUUGCACUUUGUUUGGAAGCCAUGGUAAAUAUCCAGAGAUGAGAGGGAGGUGAUGAAAAGAAGAAAAAACUGAGUGAUGCACACUGAGCUACAGUUGUAUGGUAUGCAUCUAUGUACACUGACCCACGUAAAAGUUUGACUUGUUUUCAAUGUAUCACCUUCCCUUACACCUCCCCCCCCACAGUGCUUAGACAGUGGAGUUGCCUAAUGCAUAUUGGGGAGGUCUCAGGCUUGCCUGCCAUGAUGUUCCUUAAUGGAAAUUCUCACCAUCAGUGGCAAUGAAUUCCGCUCCCGAGCAUUUUAAUUGAAAUGGGUGCGUUUCUACUGGAAAUGAAAACCUAAAUUUAAAUUGCGUAAUAUUGAAAAUGAGAGUUAUGAUCAUGGGACAAUGUUUUCUACUGUACAUGCAGUUCGCAUAGCUAUUGUGCACAUGCAAACGUUGUUCGGGGCAAUGAACUAGCAGACUCAGCCAUUCAACCAGCUGGUCGUGACUCCCCAAUUUUCUGCAGGGGUAUUCCUUACUCAGAUUAUUUUUCGGUGAUCUCUCGACAACUCCACAUCUGAUAGCAACACCUUUGGUCCAAGUUGGUCCACAGCAAAUUAUUUUCUGUCAAGCCGUGUUUAGGUUUCUGGCUGUCCUCUUCCCACCACUGUCGUGUUUGGGAGGGCUGCACUCUUCCCUCUACACAUUGGCCACACAUGCCUUGCUCAUGGAUACCUCAUGAAGAAACACCCAGCACCGCUCUGCGGGGACUGUCAGGUUGCACUGUCAGCUCAACCUGACAGUGCAACUCUCCCUGUCCUCUUUUCUUAAAGUUUCAUCUUUGAUGCAGACUUUCUCUUUGACUUUUUUAAUACAACUUAACUUAUUGCACCAACUGGGAUUUCAUUUUUCCUCUUGUGCUUUUCCCUACUCCUAAUUCCUAUUUUCAUACAUUCCUGCACGUCACCUCAUCAUUGGGUUCUGCACUUAAUUUGAUCAUAUUAUUAUUAUUAAUAUUAUGCUGUUCAAGAGUGACAAUGCCCUAUAAGCUUGUGCAUUUUUUGUAUGUUAGAAAAUACACAAAUACAUGCAUAUGUAUAAAGUGGUAUGUAUAAUAUGUGUGCAAUAUUGAGAGGGGAAAAAUUAUAUUAUGCAGUCAGUUCAUCCAUCCAGUUCAUCACUCAGAAGUUUUUCAUGUUUACAUUGACUUUAUCUGCUGCUUGCUUUCACAUCAAUGAAUAAUCAUCACUCUGCUGUUGAUGUAUAUUACUUUUGUAUUGAAACUUUGUGCCUUGUAUAAUUAUCAACAUUUUUGCUAGUCACAAUUGUUACACUUGUAUUAUAAAUUUUUAAAAGCUAUUAGAUUAAUACAUGCUUGAAAUGGUGCACAUAACAUAGUCAGUGUAAAAAAUAAUUACUAUGUACAGUAUAUGUAUCACUUUUAUCAGUUGCCCAUGUAUUUUAUUUUUGUAAAUAAAGGUUUUGAUUGUAAUGUGUGUGGUUUUGGAUGACGCUCGAGUUUUAAGGGUCAGUGCUUGAGUAAAUUCAGAGAAGACAAAUAUUUCAGAGCAUCUCUGCUCUGAGUUAAUGAUUGAAACAGAAAGCUCCUCACAUUUUGUUUUUAUAUCCUGUUGGUUUACUUAGACAUUGACAAGUAUUGAUUACACUUUCAAGUUGUCAGUGUUCACUUGAGAUGUGUUUAAUGCUGGUCAUAAAUCAUAUGCUCCUUGUGCCUGGGACUCACCCUUUGGGGUUUCUAAAUGUUAAAAAUAUUUUUGUAUCUGUUAUCAUUUUCAAGAGCAUUCAGUGGAAUGGUGAGUUUGAUAAUGCAUGGCAGAAGCAAAAAUGAGGUUACUGUGGCAUUAGGCUCGAACAGAAAUAUAAACAAGCAUUUACUUUAAGGUGUUAUUCCCUCCGCUUUCAGAUUAAAAGUACGUAAAUCCAUCACUGUAAAAUCUUGACUUGCAUUGUCUUCAUUGAAGACACUCAGUUUUGCCAUGGAGCAUCUCCGCUAAGGGCUGUGUUUGAUACUCUUAAAUGCUCGCUAGUGAGUUUUAUCCUAUGAAAAUCCUUCUGCCAGCUAGACAUCGUCUGUUUUCUCCACACUUUCUAUAUAAUGCACUUUAUAGGAGCGAUGUAAUUUUUUCACCUUUGCUCAUUUAUCAUACAGCUGUGGGAUAGUCAUUUACUGUCUUUCUGUGUAAGUGCAUGUGUUGGUCACCAAAAUGAAUUAGAAGUGAGUGGAUAGGUUCUGAUGACAUUUGAGAAGAGACCUGAUUUGGAGGUUAUAUUUUCAAAAUUUUGGGUUUUAUGUCUAUGAAAAUCAAAAUCAUUGGUUUGUGGCUGGCUAGAUACUCAUAUCCAUUUACCAAAAUUUAUCAUUAUUUUUUAUCUGAUCUUGUUGGCAACAGAACAAGCCUGGCUAACAUAAAAUAAUCAUCUCUGUGACACAACUCAUUGAGAAAAAGACAUCUGUGUCAGUGUCCUUUCAAUACCUCCACUGCUUUCUCUCACUUCUGCUGUGUAGCACCAGGUACACAGGUUACCGCUUUUCUUGAAUGUAAUAACACUUCUUCAGUAGUUUUUAUAUAUAAAUGUUUUAAUGUGUGGAUGCAAUGUGAUCAGAAGUGUUUUAUUGAAACAUUGCAUAUGUCACAUCUUGCACUAUAUAAAAUAAAAACAGAGGCACUCUAAUUACUUUGUAAUAGUUUUGGGGAUCACUGUCUCUAACCGGUGUCUGCUAGCUUCUUUACUACUGUGCUUUAAUAGUCACAGUUGGUAUUGAAGACAGUACCAUUCCAAUAACAGAGGUAGCUGAGAUACAAAAACGAUAGUAACUUUCAUUGAAAAAGUUAGUACAUACACUAACUGGAUGUGCUUUGUAAAAAUAUAAAUUAUUGUUGAACAUUUCAUUUAGGGAAACCAUCAGGUAUAUAACUGGUAAGUAUAUAUGUCUGUGAGUACCAUUUAAAAGUUAAUUUACACAUUUUUAAUAUACUGUAUAGUGUUUCAGGUAUUUUCAAUACAUUAAAUAUAUUUUGGAAACUGAAAAA